AUGAUUAGUGGAUUAGCCAUUCAUAAUCAACUAAAUAAAAAAGAAGAAAAGAAAGUACAAAAUGUACAGGUAUUCGUUAGAGUUAGACCGUUGUCAGAGUUAGAGAUCAACAGUAAAGAAUCUCUGCCAUUGGAUUGUGAUUCCGAGAAGGAUAUCACUUGUAGUUAUAAAGGUUCUUCUAGAACCUAUCAGUUCGAUCAUAUAUUUCCACCAGAUUCAAGACAGAAUGAUGUUUUUCAAGUAGCAGUUAAACCGAUUGCAGAUGAAGUUUUAAUGGGAUUCAAUGGAACCAUCUUUGUAUAUGGUCAAACUGGUACCGGUAAGACAUAUACAAUGGAGGGAAAGAUGGAUAAUCCAGAGGACAACGGUAUCAUUCCACGAACGAUCGAUUAUAUAUUCCAAACCCUUGAAAAGGCAGGAAACGACUACAACGUGCGUUGUACACACCUCGAAAUCUAUAAAGAAGACAUCUUUGAUUUAUUGACUUGUAAUAAUCAAAAUGAAAAUCGUCCAUUAAAUAUUUAUGAUGGAAAGGUACCGGAACUUGAAGAGGUAAUUGUAAAUGAUACACAAUCAAUUUUAUCGAUAUUAUCAAAGAGUUGGAAGAGAAGACAGACUGCAGAAACUGUCUAUAAUAAACAAUCCAGUAGAUCGCACUGUAUCUUCUCCAUAACAAUUCAUAUUAAGGAGACUACGCUGGGCGGUGAGGAUUUGAUCAAGAUUGGAAAGUUGAAUCUGGUCGAUUUGGCAGGUUCUGAGAAUGCACAGAAAUCAGGUACCAGCGAGCGUAUGCGUGAGGCAGCAGUCAUCAAUCAGAGUCUUCUCACACUUGGUCGUGUCAUCACUGCACUGACCUCUGAUUCCAACAGUCACAUACCCUAUCGUGAUAGUAAGCUGACUCGACUUCUCCAGGAUUCACUUGGUGGCAAGACAAAGACAUCGAUUAUCGCCACCGUUUCUCCGAGUGGACUUAACCUAGAGGAGACAGUCAACACACUGGAUUACGCACUCAAAGCAAAGUCCAUUAGAAACACACCACAGAUCAACCAAAAGAUGUCAAAGAACUCACUUUUGAAGGAGCAAUCGGCAGAGAUUGCUAGGUUGAAACAACUACUCCAAUCUGCAUAUGACAAGAACGGUGUAUAUCUCUCAAUGGAUCUCUACAAGAGCAUGGAGUCAACUAUCCAAUCACAAAGGGAGAAACUUGAAGUAUUGGACAUGGCAUAUCACACCGAAAAAUCUGGAAGUGAACAACUUAGAAAACAAUUAUCUACUACUUUGACAAAGGCGAAUAAGUUGGAAAAAGAUUUCUCUAAAUUUAAAAAGGAGCAGAAAGAGCAUUUGGAACAUUGUCAGAAUGACGAUAGAAAUCUUAGAGAGACACUGAAUUCGGUUAUGGAUGAUCUGAAUAUCUAUCAUUCAAAAUAUGAUAGUGCCAUGACUUUGGAGAAAGAGAAUGUAAAGAGAUCAGAGAUUGCUAGAAAACAGUUGGAGGAAACUUUCAGCACAAUCUUCAAUACCAAUCGAGCGAUUUUGGGUGAGAAUGUAGAUUUCUGUGAAAAGAUGAAGAAUUCCUUUGAGAAGCUGAGAGGUGAUAUCAGUGCGGAUGCUGAUACCACCAAACAGAUGGAGACAGUUGCCAAUCGAUUGGAAAUCAGUCAUCAAAAGUUGAAUGAACUUUCAGAAUCUGUUUUAAAUUCGAUGAAGCCACUGACAAAGUUACAGGGAGAUCACGACCAGCUUGUAGAGCGUAUGGAUAAGGUGGUGAGCGAUCUAAAGGAUAGUAUUGUACAGGCAAGAGAGUUGACAAAGAAGCAGAUCAAUGAGAAUAGUUCGAUUGUUGCCAAAUCAUUAGCUCAUUGCAUUGAGCUGCUCAACAAUAGUAAGAACAAAUCUGGAGAAGCCGUUAGUCAACAGAUGAAAUCGUUGGAUCAGUUGUCAGAUUUCAUUGGUAGUCAGAAGCUUGGUUGGAUAGAUUAUAUUACAAAACAAAGACAACAGAAAGAAUCGUUUACAGCUAAACGAACCGAACGAAAAGCUGCACUCGACAAGAAGCUUUCCCAACAGCUGUCUGCAUUGAUUUCACAACACACAGAGAAACUGUUAAAUGAAUACGGUGGCAUUGAUAAGUGUUUGGACGAACAGUUGAACUACUUUGAGGACAAUAUCAAUGGUAUGGACAACGAGUUGGUAGAAUCAAUAGAAGGAAUCAGAGGUGGAGUCAACAAGAUAGUCGAAGAACAAUGUACUAUGAUGACGGACAGUUUGCAAUCAGAGAUGAAGUCAAUGAAUGAAUCGGUAUCACAGCUUGCCAACGAUGGAUUGACCAGCAUGGAGGAGAUCAAUAAGAAGGUGGAUGGUGUCACAGUCAAGCAUAUGGCAGCAAUCAAGAAGAGUAAAGUUCAGUUGAGUAGUAAAGUUGCUGCUGGACUCAAGUCGAUCAACCAAUCAUUGAUAGAUCAACAGAAUACAUUGGAUGAUCUGAGAAGUAUUGAGAGUAACACUCGCUCGUUGGUACGAUCAAAACAACCAAAUUUACAAUCAAUUCAAGAUGGAAUCGAGUCAACAGAGAUGCUAAUCCAAAGUCAAAGAGAUACACUCGACCAGCACGUAAAGAGCACCAGCAAUUCCAACAGUUUUAUUUCACAGAUUCCAACGUUGCUUUCGACAAAGAAGAUCGAGAGAACUGGAAAGACGCCUAUCAAGAGAGAGUUGGUACUGCCUCCAAAGAGAGAAAUCCAACAGCAUUCAUUGUACAAUGAAGAGGAUUCGACAAUAGAAAUGUUUAGGCAAUCAACAAUAUCAAAUGUAAUACCGACAUCCAUGGAGGGUAUCAAUGACAAUCCAUAUGAUACUGAUAUUGAUAGUAGCAGCUUGAAGAACAGUAAUCAUUCAUUAUUGUCAAUAUCAACAAUCGAAGGUAACAAUAGCAAGGGUACCAAAGAAACUACCACCACAACAACAACAACCAACACUGUAACACCACCAGUACCUCCACCACGCUCCAGAACACCCGUUGAAAUUAUAUUUAGUCCAUUCAGAAAGAUGACUAAACAAGAUUCACCUUUUACCAAUAAUAAUAACAACAAUAACAGCAAUAACAAUAAUAACAAUGCACCUUUCAUCUUUACUGGUAGUACGAAAAAGCCUACUUUGAAAGCAAGCUUGAAUUCACCAUUAAAGACAUCGAUUACAUCGUCUGGUUCUGUUGGUUUGUUAUCACCAUUCACUCCAAAGAAGAGGAAGGUUGUCGAGAGACCCCCAUCAUCAAGCUCAUUAAAUCGGGCAUUUGAAGAAACACUGAGCGACAGCGGUAGUUGCAAACCAGAGCCACAACCAUUGAAACGUGUCAAAGUUGUUACUAGUGGUAAUUCCACUGCAUCCUUACCACUCAAGCCAUUAAACAUUCAAAUGCCAAAGAAGUCAGCGGCAGUUGCCAAGCCUACCAAUGCAAAAAAGACAAGUAGCAGGGUUACAGCAACCAAUAGUAGCAGCAGAACAGGUUUAAAGUCAGCAACAGCAACUAGCAAACCAUCUAUCAAGAACAAAGAAAAUAGUGAAGUAUUAUCUUUUAGUUUUGAACAACUACCAAGUUUCUGA